GGAGAACUCUUUAGAAGAAGCCCUUAAUAGCGAACAGUUUUUUUUUUCUUUCACUGCCUGAAGAAUUCCUUCAGAAGAGGUUGUCAUGGCUUCUUUGUUUAAGGAUCCAAACUUACUCUCAGCAUAUCGAGAUAGAAGAUUUCCUGGGUCACAAGAAGAAUUCGAUCAUGCACUUCAAACUUCAACAACUGUAUAUAUUGGGAACAUGUCCUUUUACACAACGGAGGAGCAGAUUUAUGAGUUAUUCUCUCGUGCUGGAGAGAUUAAGAAGAUAGUCAUGGGUUUGGACAAAAACAGCAAAACCCCCUGUGGCUUUUGCUUUAUCAUGUACUACUCCAGAGAUGAUGCUGAAGAUGCAGUGAAGUAUAUAAGUGGGACAAUUCUGGACGAUCGCCCAAUUCGUGUGGAUUUUGAUUGGGGUUUCCAAGAAGGGAGGCAAUGGGGGAGAGGUCGAAGUGGUGGUCAGGUUCGAGAUGAAUAUCGCACGGACUAUGAUCCAGGUAGAGGUGGUUACGGAAAAUUGGUACAGAAAGAGCUAGAAGCACAGAGGCAGCUAGUAGAUUACGGUACAGGGUCGUUGGGCUCUUUCCACCCAGUAAUGGCACCACCUCAGUAUGGUGGUGGGGGUGGUGGCGGUGGCGGUGGUAGACAUGGUGGAGAGCGUGGACAUGGGGGCCACAGACAGGGAAGAGAUUUUCACCGCAAGCGUUACCGAGAGGAUGAUCGACGUCCACCUGGGAACUCGAAAAGGUUUGCUGACAAUGAAUCACGAAGAACAUCCGACCAUGAAUCUAGACCGGAAAAGAAUCCGCGAUUCCGUGAGAGCGGUGAUUCCGACGAGGAUGAUGACGAUGAUAGUAAACGACGACAUUAGCAAUCUUCAAUAUGGUCUUGUAUGUUUUUAAACUGGGUAGUUAUUCGGAACCUGACAUGAUCAUAUCACCAUACUCAGUUCUCAACCAUGUCUACCAGAUGCAUUUUUUCUAAAGUUAAAAAUUUGGUUGAUUUGUAAUUGUUAUCUUGCCCGGAGUUAUAGGCAGUGAUAUUAGAUGUAAGAGGCCUAUCUUGCAAGAACCUGAACAAUAUCAAUGUUCCAUGGAAUUCUGUUACAAGUGUCCGCUAAUGUUUGUUGUCUCUAUUACAAGUUUUGAAUGCAAAAGUAAACUUGAGAACUA